AUGACGGCGUGGGAGAAACAACGUCUUCUAGGAUCUGGAUCAUAUGGACAAGUCCACUUGGCCGUUCUUAAACCCGCCGGGGAAAUGAAGAUGGCGGUGAAGUCCGCCGCUAUCCAGUGCUCAUGCUCCUUGGAAAGAGAACGAGUGUUCUUGGAUGCACUCAGAAACUGCCCCUUCAUCGUUCGAUGCUUUGGGGAAGAUGUAAGCAUGGAGCAUGGACAACACGUGUACAAUCUUUUGCUGGAGUACGCUCCCGGAGGAACUCUUCAUCAACUGAUCAGGAAUACUGGCGGGAUACCGGAGGAUCUGGCUAGACUUUACACUUAUCAGCUUCUUAAAGGCAUCCAUUACAUGCACACCCUGGGAAUCAUCCACUGUGACUUGAAGCCCCAGAACGUUCUUGUCUUCCCGGGAAAGUUCCACGGCUGGAAGCAAAUCAAGCUCUGCGACUUCGGGCUAGCCAAGUUUUUCGACGAGACGAAUGUUUAUGGCGAUUCCCAUCGCGGGACGAUACAGUACGCGGCGCCAGAGUGUUUAGCCGGGAGAUCGUACACGGCGGCAAAGGAUAUCUGGGCGGUGGGGUGCAUGUUCGUGGAGAUGGUGACCGGGAAACCCAUAUGGGAAGUUGACAACGAAGACGAGUUAGGCAUGAAAAUACCAAAGCAUUUCUCCCCUUCGGCCAAGAGUUUCUUGAAAAUGUGUUUAGAUAGAGAGCCAGGGCGAAGAUGGACGGCGGAGAUGCUGCUGAGUCACCCAUUCCUUGAGAGAUUGGGUGUUGUUGUUGGAAGCAAAAAGGAAGAGGAAGGGUUUGUGAACCCUUUAGGGGCUUUGCGUUGGAGUUCUAGUAGAGAUCUCUUCAGAGUGCUCCCGGAGAAGGAGAAAGAGAAAGAAGUAUUUGAUCUUAAUGUGGCUUUUAAGGAAGAGAGGGAGGAAGAAGUAUUUGAUCUUAAUGUGGUUUUUGAGGAAGAAGUAUUUGAUCUUAAUGUGUUUUUUAAGGAAGAGUGGAAGAGGGAGGAAGUGGAAAGAUGUUUCCCUGGGUGCUUGGUUCAUUGGUCUUGA